ACAUAAACUUAUUAAUAAAAUUAUUCUAUUCUUUAUACUUUUAUUCACCAUAUUUGACAUGUAGUAGAUGCUUAAUAAAUGUUGAUCAAUGGAAGAGGCAGGAUGAUGUUUUGUAAAAAUAAUUCAGGAGAGAGAUUGAAGUGAAUUUUUAAUGCCAUGCUGAGAAAUUUAAACUUAUUAUAAAUUUAAUAAUCAACAAAAACAAUAUACUUAUAAACUAAAUGCCAAAAUUUUAACUCUAAUAAGAUGCUUAAAUUACAAAUAAAAUGCUUUAUGUCCUUUUCCAGGCCUGCACAGAAUAAGCAGAGAUAUCUCUAGUUUUUCUGUAAGGAAAUGGGAAGAGACUGUAUACUGGUGGGAUUGAAUGGAGGAAAGACUAAGGGUAGAGAGGUUAAUGAGGAAACUGCUUAAUUUAUAAUUCAGCUCAAAGCAUCUAAUCAAUUUGUAAAAUUUUGAUGUAUUCAGUCUGAAUUCGAUUUGAGUUACCUCCAGCUAGUGUACUAGAUUAAAAGGGAGGAGAAAAUAAGAAUUGGGAUCUGAAUUUGCAGGUCAACACCCUAACAUUGAAUUUGAGAGCAUUUUUAGUUUUUAGCGGACCUGGUACGGGUUUCAAUCAUUCAUUUGUUAUUCAAUCAUUUAUCAGGUAUCUGUUAGGUGUAAAGUACUGUUAAUUUUCCUUUUACAGGGACUUUUCCACCAAAAUAAAGGGGUAGGGGGCAGAAACAUCCUUCUGAGGAACAUUUCUCCCCCUUCAAUUCCUAUUAAAUCAUCUGGCAUAAUCUUCCCCUUCCUGACAACCCACAUUGCUUAACCUGUAGUACCAAUGUCUUCAUUUUCCUAGGGUAAUAGAUCUGGCAUUGGAGAGGACUGAGAGGUUAUCUGUUUUUAGAUGAUCUCCAGGUCACACAGAUGCUGAAUAGAUUUGGAAUUUUAAAACAGCUCCCUCAACACUAAAAUUAGUGUCUAUAUUCACUUCCAUCCUAGAGUCUAUAAGAAUAGUCUUAUUCUCCUAAGUCUUUUCCCAACUAGACUGUGAGCCUCCAAAGAGCAGAAGCUAUAGGUAUUCUUUCUGCCUUUUGCACAGACUAAGGUUGUUAGAAACAUGAUGAAUUUUUCAGAAUUUGUGCCUUGAAUAGAUUCAAGAUGGAGUGGGAAGGGGUCAGAAGUCUGGAGAGCCCCUAAGCUUCAGAAUCUCUAGGUUUGAGUUUCCUGGGUCUCCUCCCAGCCUAGUAUUCACCUGACUAAGGAGGAGCCUGCCCACCUGAGGCUGUCCCUUACCUGCUCCUCCCCUAGCCCUGGGAGGAGCCUGAGUUCCAAGUCAGGUGAGCCACUAAGGAAAAAUAUUACUAGAAUCUGAGCUCCGGCUGACUUCUUCCCAGCCUCCCUCAUCAUUUGAUCUCUCUGGAUUUGGCAGGAAUCAGAAUUACAGCUGGAUAUGACCCAAGCAAGAACUAGGAGGCCGAAGCCAAAAAUUAGGAACCCAAGCUCACAAGGAAUCAGAACUACGAGGAACGAGGAGCCAGCGCCAACCAGAAAGAUAUGGCCAUGGGCAGUCAGAAGCCAGAGCCAACUGAGCCUGUGUCUAGGUCCCCAGAUGAAGAAGACGAAAUGGAGAGCUUGGCUCCUUCAACUCCCUGCCUUCCUGAGGCUGUCCCUGUGGAUAGGGAGCCCCCAUUGGGGGCUGGAGCUCAAUGGGCACUCCAGCUCCUGGAGGAUGUAGAAGACGAGUGCCCUAUCUGUACAGAGCCCUACGGGGUAGAUGAGCACCUCUUGGUGUUGUUGAACUGUGGACAUGGCCUGUGCCAGCACUGCCUAAACAGGCUCAUGGGCACAGCUCCUAGCACUGAUUUGGGCCGUGUACGGUGCCCGCUGUGCCGUCAGAAGACUCCAAUGUUGGAGUGGGAGAUCUACCAGCUACAGGAAGAGUUGCUCCAGGCCGACGGGCCCCAACCCCCACCACCUCCCAGCCCCCCAGCCCUUCCUCUCCGUGGGACAGGGCUUCGGGCUUCCCUGGAGCACCGUUAUCAAUUUCGAGGAAACCGAGGUUGCCUCCCCUUCUUGCCUUGCCCACCCUGUCUGAUCACCAGGCUCUGGGCCCUUCGUGAAAGGGGGCCUUCCACUCGAUGCCUCGUCUUGCUGAUAAUGGUAUCCUUGGAGGUGUUUGGACUGGUACUCAUCUUUCUGCCCCUUCUACUACUUGCCUUGCUCUUUAUCCUACUUAACUAUUCAGCCCACUGACCAGCCAACCUGGGCUCAAAGACCUUGUGAGGGAGUGGGCUUGCUCACCACUUACCAAUGAUUUGCUCAUCAAAGAAGUAUCUACGGGAGACUGGAACAUUACAACACCUUAUCACUGGACGGAUCCUGAACUGAAUGAACUGAUAAUUAGCUCUGAGAAAUUCUGGGGGGAUAAUUCUUCUUGGAACUAAUGGUCAUCAUUUGUAGAGCUUAAACUCUGAUUUGAUCACAACUGUCUCAGCCAGCCCCCUUGAUAAGUCAAGACUGAAUGGGGGGAAGAAAGAACUGGAUUACUGACAGAAGUAAGUUCACAAUCUGAAUAAUGUUUAGAAAUAAUUAUUUACAUUAGUGAAAAGAAGUGGGGGUGGGAGUGGAAAGGCAAUGAAUACCCUAAGAUGGUGGGUUUGGAAGGGACAGGUGUGGACAGUCUGGUGGAGAGAAAAGUGCUUUCUUGGGAUAGGAAGUAUAGAAACAGACCAGUCAGGUUGCUGGGGGGAGGGACAGAAAUGUCCUCUGUUCCUCUCUUUGUCUGGAGCUCUCCGAUAAGGGCCAUGCUGCUGGUGUUCCCUGAAGGUCAGAUAGGCUUGGGCUUGAAGGUGAGGAAAUAGAAACUGCUCCUACCCAAAUAGGGUGGAAUCUCGGGCCUCAUACUGCUAGGAGGGAGAACUCUGGAGGAGAGCUGCUCUCCAAACAUAUGGACACAUCUCCUCUGGCAGAGGUAUGGGCAGCUAUGGUGAACACAGAAUUUAUCCGGGUGUGAAAAUGUCAGGGGAUACAAAUUCCAAAGUGACCCCUUCUGCAGCCACCUAAUUCUCCUGGAACUUGCCUCCCACACAUAUAUACACUCCAGGCCACAAAAGAGAACCCAUAAAAAAGAACAGCCCACAAGUUUUGGGGACAGAGACACAGCAAUGCUGGACGGGAGAGAGCAGCAGUCCAGUGUACAGAAUGGAGCUGAGAAUCUAGCUCUCAUCAAACUACAUCUUAAGAACUAUAUCCAGAUAGUAAAAAGCUGGAGUGUGUCCAGAAGACUGACCAGAUAUAUGAGAGGCCUGUAGACUAUGUCACAUGAGAAUUGGUUGAAAGAAUUACGUAUCAUCCAUUGGGAAAUGGUCCAUCUAGUGAAGAUACAUGAAUGUAAUAUAAUAAAUCACUAUGCUGUAAAAAAUGAUGAAUGCAAAAAACAUGGAAAGAUUUGUCCAAACUAAUGCAGACAGAAAUAAGAAGAGCCAAGAAAACAAGAGACAAUUCUCAAACUUUUUGGUGUCAGGACCCUUCUAUACUCUUAUUAUUGAGGGCCAAAGAACAUUUGUUAUAUGAGUGAUAUUUAUUAUGUCAUAAAGUAGAAUUGAUAAAUUUAAAAAUAUUUAUUCGUUUAAAGUAACAUGUAACAAUGUUCAAUGUUACAUGUUAACAAACUGGAUAUUUUCUAUGAAAAAAUAAGUAUUCUACAAAACAAAAAUUUAGUGAAAAGAGUGGUACUGUCAAACAUUUUUGCAGAUCCCUCUUAAUGAUUGCCUUAAAAGACAACUGGAUUUUCAUAUUUGCAUCUACCUUCAAUCUGUGGUGAUAUUGAUUUAAUUGAAAUAUUUGAAGAAAAUCCAGUCUCAUACAUAGAUAUAGUUGCAAUAGGGAGGAAUAUUUAAAUAGGCAAAUAUCUUAAUAUUAUGAAAAUAGUUUUGAUGGUGCAGAUCCCCUGAAAGAGUCUCAGGGACCCAAAGAGGCCUGUGGACCAAUUCUUUGAGAACUGCUAAUAUAUACGACUACAACAAUGUAAAUGGAAAGAACAACCACAAACAAUCAAGUAUUACAACAUUACAAAGAACAUGCUUGUUUCCCCCAAAAAAAAAAAAAAAUAUCGAGGACAUCUUUACUCCAUUUGUUUGCAGAAGUGGGCUGUCCAAAGGUGUGGUACACUUACAUAUAUUUUGUACUUUCUAGAUGUAUUAGUCAGUUUUGAUUUUUUUCACUUAUUUUCUUUUAAAAACUGUAUUUUAUUGCACGGGACUGCCCCCUGGAAGAAGGAAAGGAGAAUUCCUGGGAGAAUUUCUGGUGAUUAUAAAAGACAUUAAUAAAAUUAUUUUUAAAAUAAAAAUAUUAGCGCUAAAAAA